CGCUUAUUACGAAUUAUUUGCGGUGUAUAGUCAAAACAGAAGAUUUUUACGAAACACGCUAGGUUUACAUAAAUAGGAAAUAUUUUAAGCAAAUAAACUCAACCAAUGUUAUAAGUGAUUGAGAAUGAUAAAGUAUGGCUGAGAGUAUCGAGACAAGACACGAGAACUGGCUGAGAGUGGUCUGGGGACUCCUGUACGUGAAAGAAGGACUACAGGGAUACGUAGAUACAAAAGGCAAACAACAGUACCAAACGUUCAUGAACAAUGUCAAUGCGAAGUGUAAUAACCAAACAUGUGAUCAAUGUCAGAUCAACAGUAAAUGCACAAAAGGCAGAACGAAAGUGACAGGAAAAUCAUCAUUCAGGCCAGGCCAUUUCUGUGAUGAAAUGAACAAAGAGAUACAUAACAAUCAUGCUAAAAACAAUCCAAUCUGGAUGAAUACAGAUUCUACUCAAUGGCAUAAUCGACACGUCGGUUACUGGGAGGUGACCAAGUGUUAUCUCAGUUCAGUCGGCUACUUUUACAAGACGGGGCCAAAUCAUGUGGACGCUUCAGGACUUUUAAGCAUCUGUAUGAAUAGUUCGUUUAUCAAACAACAUAUAACAACUAUUCAGAAUUUUGAAGAGGUGCGAACCAUAAGGAACAAUACCCUGCAUGACGCCCACUAUGAGAUGGACGGACAGACAGCAGACGACUGCCUGGACAAGAUGAUUAAAGUACUGGAGGACCCACAGGAACUUAUACAUGAUACAGCUGCUAAGCAAGCCGCUAACCACAUAAGAAAGAUCAAAGUUAAAACUGCAAAUACACCGACUAUUAUGACGGAAGCUUUACACAAAUGGCUGCAGAUAAACUUUGACGUAAACAAAUUUUUGAAAGAGAUCGAGCGUCGGAUGUUUGAUAGGCUACAAGAGGGUCUGAAAGGAUUCAUAGUCGACGAGGUCAAACGUGAAGUGAAACACAGUUUAGAUGACCGAUGUAACGACGCAAGGGAACAAAAAGUGGAAGAUCUACGUCAUCAGCUAGUCAAGUACUACCAGCAACAACUCAACGCAAUGCCUAUAUCGCCCCUGCUGUCGGACAAGGACGAGAAGCUUGAUAAGUUUUACGUUUCUCCGAAGAUAGUCGAGAAGGAUCCAAGAAAAGUUGGAUCGAAUGCGAAUGAAAAAGAAACUCCUGUGACAUCCUACAGACAGAUGUUCUGUAAAGCAGGUGAAUUUAUGAAACACGUGUUUAUUGUCGGCGAGGCCGGGAUGGGAAAGUCGUCCUGCGGUGCAAUGUGUGCCUUGAAAUGGGCCAAUCAGUUUUCAUCAACGGAAACGUCCAAUGACACGGACAAAAAUGCUUCACAUCAAAUACCAUUUCAGCGUCUACGGUCGAAAUGGCAACAUCGUAUACAUAUAAACAACGAGAGUGAGCAUACUUUAUUUCCCGAAAAAGAGAAGAAUUAUAAUUUCCAGGAUGAUUCUUUCUACAAGAAAAUCGAGUUUUUAUUUCACCUCAAUCUGAGAAAUUGUGGUAACAUUUGCCAGAUGACUGACAUGAUACGAGAUCAGCUGAUCAGCCGAAUUUACCAAAAAGACGAGAUGACUGAUGCUUAUUCAACUAUGAAGCAUGUGCUUUCCAAUUACAUGUGCAUGAUCAUAGCAGAUGGUCUGGAUGAAUGGUCCCAUCCCGAUGGCACAAACUGCAACUGUACAAGAGAAGACAAAGUAGUCCCAUAUUUAGCGCCAACCAUAGAUGCAAUUGUUGUGAUAACAUCACGACCAUGGAGAAUGUCUCAGCAACGCGUUCGAGACACGAAAAUAGACAAAUAUCUUGAGAUAGUUGGAACUGCAGAUAUAAAGUUACUGAUUCAGAAAAUUUUGAACAGUCUUAAUGAAACAGUAACAGAAAAGAAAACAUUAGAAGAUUUCGUUAAGUUUAUUGACAUAAUGAAACUAAAAUUUCUUCUAUCGGUACCUAUUGUAUCAAUGUUGCUUGUCUGUUUGUGGUUUCAGGGAAAGCCAGAAUCGAGUUCCCUGUGUGAUAUAUACGCACUUUUUAUUGAAAUGAUGUUUGGUAGAAUACAUCGGAAUGUGCCCAUAGUUCCGCAAACCGAUAUUCAGUUACCGCGAUGUUUCAAGAAAACAACUUGUAUACAGAACAACAUCAACAUGGUAAAGAAGAUGGCCGAACUUGCUUUUACGAAAUUAUUUUCGAAUGAUCGAACUUCGUUCUUGGUGUUUAAGGAAGUCGACAUUUUGGCGCAGGAUAAUCUUGUGUUUCUUUUGAAAUCUGGAAUCUUGCAAGAAACUAAAUCAGCAUCUUUAAUAAGAAUAGAAUCGAGUUACUCGUUCAUUCACAAGACUGUUCAAGAGUUCCUUGCUGCAAUACACAUGUGUUAUCAUCCAGAUGACUUAAAGAGAGUAUUAGCACCCUUUUAUGAGGAGAACGGUGAAAUGUCGGAUAUUUCACAGGUGUUUGCCUUUAUCUGCGGUCUGAACAUUAAGAUAGCAAAUGAGAUGUCUGCCAUGAUAUCGAAUAGUAUAUCCCUGGAAAAUCAAUCUUUCGUGACUGAAACAAGAGUCAUUCAAAUUCAGUCGACCAUUGCAUCGGGUUAUAAGGAGGCCAAAGCCAGUCAAGUAUCAAAUAUUCAGCUGUCACUCUUCAGCUUUGAUUUUAGAUACACUACCGAUACCAAAAUAUUAGAUGACUUGCUAUCGAUAAACAAGUCAAAUGUACGAUAUAUCAAGACCAGUACCGGGCAAAGCCAGGAGAAACUCAAGGAGGUGUUGUGUAGCUCCUCAGACACUUUAACCAAUGUUAAGAUUAUUUGCCUUGCUGGAAUAUUUGAUCUUUUGGCGUGCAACAGUCUCAAAUGCUUAUCUAUACAUGGAACUGAAACAACUGGUAUUGUUGUCAAUAUAAAUAGCCUAAUUAUAUUGGAUUUAAAUUGUGUUUCAAAAAAUGUUGAAAGCAGUAUUUUGCAGUCAUUUGAUCGUGAACCGCGUGUAUUGGAACACAUUGAAAUAAAAAAAAUAACAAACAUUAGUUUACUCUGCAAGACUCUUCCGUGUUUGAUUUGUUUACAAUACAUUUCUAUAGACACCGGAAACCUCGGUGAUCACACUCUGCUGCUCCCACGCUCUAUCAAGAGAGUUGAACUUUCAAAUGUGACAAUGAGUGCACGGUCGUUAAGAGAGAUGAUUAAGACGCUGGAAAAUGUAAGGCAUGAUGUGAGGUGUAAAUUACUGAAAUGUACUGUGGAUCCAAACUCAGAGUAUGAGGAGAUAAUAUCCAAUUUUCAAAGGAGGGCAUAUUAUUGUUUAGAUAUCGGGCACAAAUAUUUCUCUCUUACUUGCCUGAGCAGAAAUACCUAUACCUAGGGAGUUUGCGUAAUGACCUUUGAAAGAGGGGUCCUUAUUCCUAUAUAAUAAAUGAAUAAAAAUUAUUCAAAAAUGGACACAAUAUAUUGUUUGCAUGUUUUAUUUUGAUAUAUUAUAUUUCAAUGAACAUGGAUUUAUCAAUGACUUUGUUAUAUCAGAAUUUCUUUGAGCAUAUAAUUUUCUUUAAUUAUUUUUUGGACACAAGCAAAGGUUUCCUUCAAUAUUGGUCUCACAAAUUAGAUUGCAAUCAGUUGUACAUCUUUAAGUGGUAAAUUUAUCUUAAAUAAAAGGAACAUGUUCACAAUA